UUAUGAGUUAUAAUAGCCUACCUUAGCAUUUGGGUAUCAAAAUUUUAGUAAAUACCGCUUAUUCGGACAGACACAUGGUAUAAAAUUUAUCGUCUUGAGCCAUAGUCUCAAAAUUUCCAGUGAUUUAGUGAUUUCCAAAGCUUUUUAGUCGCAAAAAUGGGUGACAACAAGCAAGAUGAUAAAGACAAAAGGGUCAAACUUAACGUGGAAGGCGAGGAUGAGACGGGCGAAGGUGAGAUGGGGCGCAAGAAGAUGAAGCGGUUCCAGCUGCCCAACCUGCCGCGUUGGUGGCAGGCCAAGAUCAUACAAUAUGCCUUCGCACAUCCGCAUGUGCGGGCCCGACUGGAGAAGCACAUGGGCUCCAACCUCGUCAAGCUGACUGACAAGUCCUACAUGACCGAGCUCGAGGAGAGGAUCCGCGCCGUCAACGAGGAGAACCUCAACAAGAGGAUCUCCAGUCGAGUCCUCGAUGAGAUGGAGAGGUUGAAGAGGCUCAUACUAGUCGGGAAGACGCCCCUGAAGGAAUGUCCACCCGAGCUGUUCCACCACCCAGUCUUCGUCUUCUGGAGAAUGGUGAACAGGGAAGUCGCCAGAGCUUCAAAGAAGAGGGCCGAUGCCUACUACAGAAAGCUGAAGGCGUCCCAGCGAUUUGACCAGUCAAUGGACGAAGAAACUGAAAUCGAGGUGGUCCAAGAAGAAGCGGAACUGUUGACCCCUGACCAGCUUCUAGCAAAAUGCAAUGAAGAGAUCGAGGAACAGAAACAAAUAGACAUAGAGAAGGGAGUGCGAUUUACAGACGAGCAGUUCGCGCUGCUCAAGUACGAGACUAAUGACGUCAAAACACUUAAAAGCCUUACGACCGUGGAAGAGUUAUACGCCUUGGCCGACAAGAUUAUUGGGAGCAAACGCUUGUAGCUUCAUUAAUUAUUAUUUUAAGCAAAUAUCGUUAGCAUUAAAUCAGUCACUUUCGUUUGUUUUUUACCAUGUGUGUGCCCC